UUAAAAAAUUUUUAAUCAAAAAUUUUUGUGCAAUCUUUUUUUUCACACUUGUAAUGUUUGUGUGCAUCUCUUUUUCAAAGAUAGAAAAAAAAUGGCUCAACCAAAUUGUUUGUUGAUUAUGAUUGUCGUUAUUGUUUUGUUUUUAUUCAUAGAAAAUUGUUCGGGUCAGAAUAAUCAUCAUCAUCGUAACAUUACCGAUCUGUUGGACGAACCACCAGUUGCACAAUUAGCCAAAUACAAUUGUAAUGAAACCGUAUUUGACGAUGGAAAAUUAUCAUUUUUGGAUAGCAAUCGAAUCUGUUUACUCGAUACAUCGUUGAACAACUCAUUUAUUGGAUAUUUUCAUAUUCAAACCGGAUCGCCAAGUGAUUUUAUUAUUUCUACUGUAGAAUUUUGUGCAUCAUCCAGUGAUCAUAAACUGAUUGUUGUUGAUGCAAAUUCCGGUAACAUUCUAAGUACAUUUAUGGGCAAUGAUGAUGGUGAAUGUUUAGAAAAUCAAACUUUUAUUAGUGAUUCGAAUAAGAUACGAAUAGAAUUUACAGCAUAUGAUAAUGAUCAAACGAUAAUGCAUUUGGAUCAAAAUAGCCGACGUGAAAUAAUAUUCAAUGAUAAUGGUCAUCAAUUGAUUAAAUUUUCAAUAACCGAAAAUAAAAUAAUCGAAUUCAAAUCAACAGAAAUUCCAACGAAAAUUGAUGAAAAUUCAAGAUAUAAAAUUCAAAUCGAUCAUUAUCAACCAAAUUCCGUAUAUAAAUUUAUUAUACCAAAAGUUGAAGAAUCUGAAACGGAAUAUAAAAUUGGUGUUAAAUUUGAAAUUUUCUAUUUGGAUCUGGAUUUUGAAAAACAAGAUUAUCUUUUAAUUUGUCCCGGAAUGAAACUAAACCUUUGGUCACGUACAAAAUGUCAAAUUAUUACGGAAAAAAUUGUCACCCCAAAUAAUAAUAAUGGUGGAAUGAAAUUCUGGAUCAAUGCUGAUUCAGCAUUUCUUCUAAUUGUAACACAUAAUUCAUUAAAAUCUAAUGUAAAAAUGUUUGAUGCAUAUGGUGAUGUUGCAAAUAAAACAAUGAAAAAAUCUAAUCAUAAUGAUAUACCAAAUCGAAUAAAAUUAGCAUCAACACAGCUUUGUUUUGAACAACUUUGUAUUAAUUGGCGAACAACAACCCGAAAAGAAUUUUUACAAGAAUAUGUUUAUCAUUUGAAUAAUUAUUUGGUUGAACAUGAAUCAAAUAUUAGUAUGUUAAUUGAUACCGAUUCUGUUCUUAUAAUCGAUACAAGAAAUGAAUCAGUAUCAUCAUCAUCAUCACGUUAUAAUGUUGUUUGUCGUGUUAGUUUAGCUGUUACAUCACCAUAUGAUCCAGAAUUUCCAUUAGUUGAUGGUGAUCAAUUACAUGAAAUGUAUUUUGGUUCAAAAUCAUCAAUUAUGUUGAAUGGUAUUCGUGUUACAGAUUGUUCAUAUACAAAUAUUACAUUAUUAGAGAUUAUUAUACCAAUAUUGAUUAUAUUAACAGUAUUUUCAAUAAUUACAAUAUUAUUUUGGCGUUUACAAACACAAUUGAUUAAAAAUCGACAAUAUAGAGCAAUUUUAAACAAAUAGGGCAGAUUCGGUUUCAAUUUGUAAACAAUAUUUUUUUUUGAAAAUUUAAAUUGAGCGAAAAAAAUAAAUCAUAAUUUUUUUUUGUUACAACCAUAUGUUUUUG